UGGAUGUAUACUAGUCUUGUGAAUUUAAUUUUUUUGGUCCGAGCUCAAAAAUUUUUAUUUUAUUAUGAAAUCCAGCUCGAACCCAAUAUUUCAAGUUCAACCUAAAGUUUUUUAAAAAUGUCAGACUGGAUCCCGGAUUUAAGCUGCUGGGCUCAAUGAAUACCUCAUAAACCAGAUGAAAGACCUUAACGUAUCAAAGAAAGAAAAAUAUGAGAUUAAGGUAAUGGCGAUGUUUUUCUAAGUCGUUUCGAAGACAUAUUCAACGAUGCUCAGAUCUCUGAUAUCGAAAAAGCAGGAUCCUUCACAAGAAGACUACCAGACGAAGAAUACAUCAAGCUCAAAUCUAUGUUCACCUACCGAUUUCAUCAAUCCAUCGAUAUUGAUUGAAAAAUUUAGGUUAUUACACCCGAGGAAAUCUACAAGUUCGAAAUUGUUAUUAUUCAAUGCAGCUGUACAAGGUAAAAAUGAAAGUUACAUCAAUUGGUGAAAAGACUGAAGAAGAAACAAGCGUAAAACAUUUGGAAAGACAAAGAGGCAUGAAAGUUGAAGAAAACAAACAGGUGGUCAGAUGCGACGAUAGACAUAAUCCACGAUUGAAUAACGAUAACAGACAACUAUGGACUACGAGAAACAACAACUUUCAAAGAAAUAAUUAUCAGGGAAAUAAUUACAACCCUAGACAUCAGAACUAUAAUGCGGGUAACUACAAUAACGUUAGGGCAAAUUACCCAGGAUUAUACAAUAAUUUUUCAAGAUUUGAAAAUAGAACCAGUUAUAAUAACGAUAAUAACCAAAGAUUUUAUUAUGAUUACAAUCACGGAUUCAACAGACGCUAUGAUACUUCAAGAUGCACGCAAAGGCAUAGUAAUAAUUAUAAUGGAAAUCGAGGAGGAAGUUACGCAUGUAAUUGUAGACAUCAUGUCGACCAUAAUAAUCAAACACGAUACACUAAUAAAAUAAAUACCAUAAACAUAGAAGAAAUAAAAGAGGAUGAUAAUAAUAAAAUAGAAAAAAAAGAAUAUAAUUUGUAUAACUUGGACAUAAAUAAUAUGGAUGCUGAUAAAGACAACACAGAUAAUAACGCGUAUAAAGUAACUUUAAAAUUGAAUAACCUGUCAACGAUCAUGCAGGUCGAUACUGGUUCUAGAUUCUCAAUAAUACCUAGUUCGAUAGCUAGAGCGCAGGCAUCACUGAAUUAA